AGUAUGCUUCUAAGACAAGGACAUGUACCACUUGAAUGCUACCUGAUUCUUGCUGGACAUUUAAAGGUCAUGUCAAGUAAUACCAGCAUGAACCGAAAUACCAACUCUGGAAUUUUAAAUGAGUUUGAAGAAGGUGACUUCAUAGGGGAAACCUGCCUUUUAACUAAUACCAAUCGGCCUGCUUCGUUUUUUUGUAAAACAGAUGUAAAAGUUCUUGUAAUAAGUAAAGAAGAUUUCUACUGUAUUCUUGCACAGAGAGUACAAGAACAAUAUCAAGAAACAUGCAGCUUUCUUGGGAGCCUCCCAUUAUUCUUCUCAUGGCCAAAAGAAAAGAUAGACUUUCUGGUCCACUGUUCUGUACGCCGUUACUACAGGGCUGGAACAACCAUUAUCUCUGACAACUUAAACUCCCACUUUCUUGUAUUCAUCAUAUCUGGUCAUUGUCGGAUAAUUGCUCAGAUGAACUAUGAGGAAGUAUCUGUACGUUCCUGUGUAAUGAAGACAGGUUCCUCCACCCAGAAAAAUGUCCACACUCUUCUUCCGCCAAAAGGAACUCCUGCUGUAACUGGAAGAAGUUUAGAAACAUCCACAGUUUCUCCCAAGACUUCAUUCUCAGCUGCUAGGAAAAAAACACUAGGCACCAAGAAACCUCCACUUCAGGGAUCUUCACCAGCAACAGGUUUUGUUGAGAUAAGAGUGCUGGAACAAGGUGACGUUUUUGGGUUGGCAGAAGCAUUGGACAAUUCUUGUGAUCUUCAGGUGUACCUGAUCAGUGAAGGAGUGGAGUGCAUUUUUAUUCCCAAAAGCUUGUUUCUAGCAGAAGCCAGCCCUGAAUGCAGGAGAACUGCUGUAGAGCUGGUGUGUGCAUACCCCGCAGAGGAGGACAUUAGGGAGUGCCUGGCGGAGCAGCAAGUGUGGAAUGAGUACAAGGCCAGAGUCUUGGCUCAGCAGCUGAAGACAGGAAGCUGA